AACACUUCACUCCUCCACCUCCAACUUCACUUCCCCCAACUCUACUCUCCCUCCCCCUACUGCUUCUCUGUUCCUCCUUCUGACUUUCUUGCUCACCUCUUUUUCCUCUGUAUCUUCCUAUUGGCUCGUUUUAUCAUCUUUUUCAUUUACUUUUUAUUUGCAUUGUACCCUUUAGUCCUUUCUUUUUUGUGUAAGGCUUUUCUAAGGCACCAAUCCCCCCAUGUGCUCUUUAUUUGUUUGUUCUUGACACAACCACAACAGCAACAAUAAGAAGGAAGGGAGAAGAGGGGAAGAUCUUUCAUUCCAAAAACCAGGGAAGAAGAUAUGAGUAAAGAUGAGGACUUUAAGCUCCUGAAGAUCCAGACUUGUGCCCUCAGAGUGAACAUACAUUGUGAUGGGUGCAAGCAGAAAGUUAAAAAACUUCUCCAGAGAAUUGAAGGAGUCUACCAAGUGAGCAUAGAUGCAGAACAACAGAAAGUUACUGUUUCAGGAGGUGUAGAUUCUGCAACACUGAUAAAAAAAUUGGUUAGAGCUGGGAAACAUGCUGAGCUUUGGUCACAGACAACUAACCAAAACCAGAAACAACAAAAUGCUAAUUGUAAUAAAGAUGACAAGAACAACAACAAAGGUCAGAAGCAGCAACAAGGCCUAAUAAAAGGUCUCGAAGCUCUAAAAAACCAGCAGAAGUUAGCUUUUAACCUAGAAGAGGACGAGGAUUUUCUUGAUGAGGAGGAGGAUGAAGAUGAGGAAGAAGAGGAGCUGAGGUUUCUGAGGGAGAAAGCUAACCAGAUAAAUCUGCUGCGGCAACAAACAGCUGCGAUGCAAGGGAAGAAUGCAAAGAAUGGUUUUGGACAAGCCAUGGCUGCUGCAGCAGCAGCUUCUAAUAAUGGUAAAAUGCCGAACAAUUCUGGAAAUGUGAAUGCUGGAAAGAAAGCGAAUCAUCAGCCUAAUCAGAAUAUGGGAAUGAAGGGAAAUCCUGGUGGGAUUGAUCAGAAAACAAUGCAAGCUCUGAAGAUGAAUAAUGCGCAGUUUGCAGGUGGUGGAAAUAUCAUCAAUCCAGGGGAGGCGAAGAUAGGGAAUGACAUUAGUUCCAUGAUGAAUCUUGCUGGUUUUCAUGGUGAUGGUGGGGCUAAUAAUUUUGCUUCUGUUUUGGGAGGCAAUGCUGCUAGUACUGGCUCCGGAGCAGUUUAUCACCAUCAAGUUCAGCCAAACAACCAAGCAUUUAUGAAUUCUUCUCCUGCUGGAUUCCCUACUGCUGGGAUGGCUGCAGGCCAUCAUCCUUCAGCCAUGAUGGUGAAUAUGAAUGGUAAUGGUGUGUACAACCAGCCCUCCUCACAAUCAAUGCUGAUGAACUUGCAAAACAGGCAUGCUAUGCAACAGCCUCAGAUGAUGUACAACAGAUCUCCCUACAUUCCCACCAGCACUGGCUACUACUACGGUUAUGGUCCUGCGGCAGUUCUUCCUCCAUAUCAUUCCUACAUGGGUAGUGACCCUAGUUACUACAACACUGCUGAUCAAUCUGCAUCAGCUCAUAUGUUCAGUGACGAGAACACCAGUAGCUGUUCAAUUAUGUAAUAUGAUGGAGAAACAAUCCAGUGGCCUCUUUUUGUUUUUUAUGACUAAAUAUUCUGUAAUUGGCAGGAGCCAUGGCUGGCCAAUGGACCUGUAUGAAAUCUCCCAUCUUUCAGACUUCUACUUUCCCUUUUACUACUACUAGUUGUUGUGUAUUUGUUAAGAUAUAAUUUACUUCUGUUUCUUGAUUAUCA